AAGGAUAUAAAUGUGCAUGGAGCUGGAAAUGCAUUAUUCUCAAGAAAACUACAAGUUGUGAACAGUCAUGGUUUCACUGGUUGUAGUGGCUGUAUUUCUCCUCCAGGGGGCUCUAUUUCAGCCCCCUCAGGCUGAAGCCUUCAAAAUCCUCCCUACUGAUGAAUCCCUCACCCAUCAACAAAUCACUGAAGCAGCUUUCCUCCGUAAGAUGGUAGAGGUGUGCCGAAACGUAGCCACUGCCCGGGGCAAAGACUUUACGCUACCUAUCAACAGCAAACUGACUGUAACUACCGUCCAGAAAGCCUGCUCAAAUUCAUAUUCCUCCUCAUUAAAACUAUCCACUUUCAAUCUGGCUAUUAUUCAGACUUCCCUUAGCAAUGCAGCUGUGGAUCUAAAAGUGUUCAGUACUGCUCAUCAUUUUGAUGAUGAAGAUUUCAUAAAUGGACGAGACCUCAUCACUCAGGGCGUAGCUGCUGUGAAAGUCAGCAUCAAAAAUAGGAACUAUUUGUCUGCCCGCUCCAUUCUUGGGGCUGUAUGUCAUACUUUACAGGAUUUCUAUAGUCACAGUAACUGGGUGGAACUGGGAAGCACUGCUCCUUUCAGCUCACUGAUCAAACCUGAGCUUCCUCUCAACAACCUAGCAAGUUCCAACACAAAAACAUGCAAAAGCUGUGUCGGAGAAGACUGCCGUGACAACAUUCUCCCAGAGGUACUCCAGCAGAAGAUGUUAACUUCAGGAUAUUUCCACCCUUUAUUCCCAGACAAACCUGCAGGCAAGUGUAGCCAUGGCAGCGCUCUUGACAGGACCAGUUCAACAGAACCCACUGGAGGCAUUAAUAAGGAUGACAUCAGUUCAGAUCAUGGCUUCCUUCACCAGCAAGCUGCUGAGAUGGCCAUCAAUGCUACUAUGGAACUGCUGGAAGACAUCCGACUGGCAACAGGCGACCAAGACUUUCUUCGACUGAUGGGCCUCAGUCAGACCUCAGUUCUGGCUUUUGUGAUUGACACCACAGGCAGUUUGUCUAAUUACAUCGCAGAGGUCAAGAGAGUGUCCAUUAGCAUCAUAGACAGCAGGAGAGGAACAUCAGAGGAACCUUCAGAAUACAUUCUAGUCCAAUUUAAUGACCAGGAUUUCGGACUUCUGAUAAGAACUGGGGAUGCAGAUAGAUUCAAAGAGCAAAUCAAUUCCCUGUCGGCAUCUGAUAGUGUAAACCCAGGGAUGUGCCUGUCAGGACUGCUGUUGACACUGACAAGAGCUCCUCCAUCAUCAGAUAUUUUUGUUUUCACUGAUGCUUCAGCAAAGGACACAGAAUUAAAAAGUUCAGUUGAGGCCAUGAUAGAAAGCACCAAGUCAAAAGUCACUUUCCUGCUGACAAACUCCACCUCAACACGUAGUCGACAGAAAGUUUCAUUAUCAAGAUCAUUGUCUCAGUCAGAAAUACAGUUGUACAGAGACCUGGCCCAUGUUUCUGGUGGACAGACCAUAGACGUCACAAACACUACAUUAUCUCAGGCCACUGCAGUCAUUACAGAUUUAAUCACUGCUGACCUGGUGACUGUUCUUCAGGCAGCGAGAAAUCCACCUAAGGCAGAAAACUUUUCUUUUUUGCUAGCUCCAACUCUGUCCAAUGUGACUGUGUAUAUCACAGGAGACUCUCCAGUCUUUACUCUCUACAGCCCUACUGGUGUGUCUCAGUCAGGUUCAGUGGCUGAUGGUCCUCUGGGCAGCAUCCUGACUGUAGGGAAUCUAAAGAGAGUAAAACUCAACUCUGCCAACCAGACAGGGGAAUGGAAGAUCAGUAUAAACUCCACAAGCUCCUACAACCUGAGAGUUACUGGUCAGAGUUCUGUGGACGUCCUCUUUUACUUUGUGAAGAUAGUUGAGGGAGGUCAUGGAGACUCAUGGGGACAGAGUUUCACCCGCCCUUUUAUUGGUCGGAAUGCUACUUUCUAUGUCUCUGUGACCGGAGGAGAUUCAGUCACAGUGACUGACGUGCUUCUAGUUGAAGCUUCAGGAUCUGAUGUUGUUAAUGGAACCAUCAAAGCUGUUGGUGCCACAGACUUCCUGGUCAACAUUGACAGAAUCCCAGAGUGGGCGUUUGUGGUGCAGCUGAAAGGGCUGUUGAAUGACUCGUCAUUGGUUAGUCGAUUCCAGAGACAGUCACCCACCCAGCAUAAAGGAUCUAGAAUAACAGUCAUGGCCCAAUCACAGAACAUUACCAAGCCUGGAGUCCCAUUGAGUCUCAACUUUACAGUGGCCACUAAUACUACAAGCGGCAACUACACUAUCAGAGCUCGGAAUGACCAGGGAUUCAGCGUGUCUUUCCCCAGCUUUCUGAUUCUUGAAACAGGGGGAAGCGCUCAAGGAAGUGUCACACUGACUGCACCCUCCGACACAGAGUCAGGGACGGAUGUCACAUUCACUAUUGAGGCAGAAGCUCUGGGAUCCACUGAUCUGAAUUAUGUCACACUGCAACUCACUGUCUCAACAGCAAAUGCUAUUUUCAGUGGAUGUUACUCGCUUUCCGUGUGCCUUUCUUUCUUCUUUUUUAUCGUUUGCCAUUUUGUAUGUUUCUAAAUAACAUUUAGCACUGCAAGCAGUGUAUUUUAAAAUCUUUACUUGUCUUGAACUGUCUGGGGUAAAAGAGCUUUGAAAAUAUCGAAGAAUCAAGGUUAAGGUUUACUUUUGAAAUUUAACUUUCACUUUCUGUUGUAUGUGAACAGGUGCAUUUGGUACUAGUUUUUGUGGCUAGUUGUGAUUUCAUUGUGUAGUAUAUACUCUUGAUCUUUUUGAACGUUUAUUAAAGACAAAGUUCACAUAGAGGGCA